GGAUUGCGAUCUUCAAACUGUAAAAAUUAAUAAUAAAAAAAAAUAAUUUGUUUUUUUUUAAGAAGUUUUUUAGUCAUAUAAUUGUAUACACAGCCAAACACACAAACAAUAUUUGUUCCCAUUGUUUUCAUUUUUUUAUUAUUGGGAAUGAAUUUUGAAUUUGGAUUGUAGAAGAGAAGAUUGUAAUAAAAAAAACAACAAUAUGAUCUUUAAAAAUGAAGAAUAAAAAUAUGAUCUAAGGAAAAAAAUGGAUUAAAAGUAAAAAACAUCUAGUAUUUAGUAGGAGAAAAAAAUAUGUAUGUUAGAAAUUAAGAAAAAAUAUCAAGAAAAAAAAAUUAGAAAUCAAUUACGAAUUUGCAUUUGCAGAGAUGUGGAAUUGCUGUUAUUUUGUUGUUUUUAUUUUAAUGUGUAAUAUUAAUAAAAAUCUGGGCUGAGAACACACAGAAUCUCCAAUAAUUUAUGAAGAUAAAAAAAAAUAAAUUAAAAAAAAAAGGAAGAAAGUCAUAUAUAUUUGCAAUAUUAACUACCAAAACUGGCUAACCAAGCUGUAAAAGAAAAAAAAAUAAGUAAAAUAAAUUAGAAAACAAAAAAAGGAAAAAUAAUAAAAGCACGUUCAAAAGUCUUAUUUCUUAUUAAAAGUAAAUAAAAGUUUAAAUGAAAUUCAAUAUGGAAAUCUUUUAGAAAACAAAAUCAAAACUCAACAUAAAUUUAGUUAUGGAUUUUCUGACAGAUACAAUAUUUUCAGAAUUUGAAAAAUCGGAUUUUAUUAAUGGAAUUGAUAAUGAAGCAUUAGAUUUUUGUCAUUUAGAACAAUUUAUGCAUGAUACAUCAUCAACGACAGUUGAUUUAGAUGCAAAUGUUCAAUCAAACAAUCAACAAAAUCAGCAUCAGCAUCAUAAUCAUCAACAACAACAGCAACAACAACCUCAAUCAAAUCAUUGUAUUCCGAAUAAUCAAAUAUUACAAGAAAAUUUUAUUUACACAAAUUCAAAUUCAACUAGUUUAAAUAGCAAUAACAAUAAUAAUAGUAAUAGUAAUAAUAAUAAUAAUAAAACUAAUAUUCAAAAUAAUAAAAGUAAUAUUAAUUGUAAAUAUAAAAAUAAUAGUAAUAAUACAAAUAGUAUAAUAAAUAAUAAUUACAACAAUAAAAAAAAUUCAAAUUGUGAAAAAAAUAAUAUAGAAACUAAUGAUUGUGUAAAUAAUAAUAAUAAUAAUAUUAAAUUUAAUUGUAAAAAUAAAAGUAAUAGUUCAAAAGACGAUAGUAAAAAUAUUAAUACUGUUAAUAAUAAUAAUAUUAAUACCUUUAAAGAUAAAGGUAAUAAUAUGAAAAUUGUAGACAUUCCAAAUAUUAUUAAUCAUAGUAAUAAUAUUGAUAAUAAUACAUCACGUUUAAUAAGUCUUCCAAAUUCUUUAAAUUAUCAAAAAGAUCAGUGUGACAAUACAGUCAAUAAUAAUAAUAACAAUGAUGUUAACAAUAGUAACAACAUAAAAAGCGAUUUAAAAAUAAAUUGUAAUAAUAGUAAUAAUAAUAAUAAAAAUAUGAAAAAUUGUAAAGUAUCAAAAAUAGCAACAACAUCAACUUUAACAUCAAAUAGUAGUACACCAAUUUCAUCUUCAUCAUCAUCAUCUUCUUCAUCAACUGUACCUAUGCUAACAGUAUCAUCGAUAAUGAGUUCAUCAUCAUCAUCGUCAUCAUCAUCUGCAUCAUUAUUAUCAAAUCAAUCACAUUUACCUGAAAGUCCACCAGAUUCUGGUUCUGAACCGCCCUUUAGUCCGACCGAUAUGAAUAGUUUAAACCCAGGAACAAAUUUAACAUCAAGAAAUAUAAUUGCAACAUCUAUAAAAUUUCCAAUCAAUACCGUCCAUACUGUACAACAACAACAAACGAAUUGCCAUUAUCAUCAACAACAACAGAGAUCGCAACAUCAAUCUGAUAAUGUAAAUUUUAAUAAUAAUAAUAAUAAUAAUAAUAAUAGUAAUAAUAAUAAUAGUAAUAAAAAUAAUAAAAAUAAUAAUAACAAUAAUAAUAAUAAUAAUAAUAAACGAUUAAAUUUAAUGAAUUUUUCGCAACCUCCAACUCCUGGUCAACAAAUUGGUGAUUUAACAAAUGAUAUUACAACGUUAUCACGUAUAACACACAAUAACUUACAUCACAAUAAUAAUAUGUCAUAUAAUAUUGAACAACAACAGCAGCAACCACAAGAACUAAAGCAGACUAAUACGCAAACUUUGUUAAUGAGCUCAACAAAUAAUGAUUCCGGCUAUAAUAAUGAUCAAUUAACUAAUUCAUUUUAUAAUAUAAGAUCUGAUAAUCAUUCACAAGAUUCUUCUAUACUUGAUCAAUCAGUUUUAAUAUCGAAAUCGGAAGAUGUUUUAUUAACAAAUGAAUUUCAAUUAUUACACCAGCAACAACAAAUUCUUGAUUUAGAAAGAACAUAUCGAAAUGAUAUUUUAAAUAAUGGUAGUUCACCGAUCGGAACAGUAAAUAAUAUACUAAAUAGUGGUGGUAUACACCCAGUACAAUCAACGCUUGUUUCACAACAACAUGAACAUAAUAAUAGUUUAAAUAGUUCUAGUAACAAUAAUAGUAAUAAUAACAAUACUAAUGAUGAUAAUAUUGUUAAUGGUGAUAAUAAUUUAAAUAUAUGUCAAUCAAAUAUUAUGAAUUUAGUUGGUAUAUCAACUACAACAGUAACAGUAGCACCAUCAGCAUCUGGUGAUGAUAUAAAUCGCUUAUUACCUGAUGUAUACUCAACACAAUUAUUAUCAACUUCAGAUACAACAAAUGAUACGGAUAUAAUUGGUGUAGGAACUUUAUCACAAAAUGGUCAUAUUGGGCAAAUUUCUGUAACAAAUCAAUUAUCGUCGCCUUUAAUUAAUCCUCAACAACAAUCCCAGCAAUCUAUGCAUCAAUUACCUUCACCUUUGAUGUCAUAUAACAACGGAGGUCGUAAAAGAAAAUUAUCGCAACUUAGUUCAAAUGGGUAUUCGUUACAAUCACCUCCACCAUCUCACCCGCAACGACAACAUCCACAACAAAAUAAUACGUCUUCACAAAAACAGCAAAAUCAUCACAACCAUCAUAAUCUUAAUCAACCCCUUAACCACCAUAACCAACCAUCACAGGAGGAAAAUGUACAACAACAUAUUGAGCAAUCACCGCAACAACAAUCUCAACAACAUCUUAAUCACGUUUCAAUAAUAAAACCUGAACCAAAUGUAAUAAAUGAUACGUUGAGUCCAAUAAUACAAUCGACAAAUUCGGAUUAUCAACAGCAAAGUCCGAGUAAUGAUUAUAAUUUAAAUUUGUCACAACAAUCGUCGUCCUCAGUUUGUCCAAAUUUAUUAAAUUUAAAUUCAAUUAAUGGAAAAUUAUCAAUUCAAUCAUUAGAUAAUGGAAUCGAUUCUCAAAUUAUACAACCUCAACAAAAUAUACAACACCAACAACAAGACUCUAAUCAAACACAACAACAAAAUAAUUCUGAUCUAUCAGAUGCCUGCCCACUACAAUGUAUAAGGUUUUCACCAUUUCAGCAACAUAAUUGGCAUAUAUUGGUUGAUCAAAAUUUACAAGAAUUGCCAGUACCACAUUUUAGAGUUGAUGCUGAUAAAGGUUUUAACUUCAGCAAUUCUGAUGAUGCAUUUGUAUGCCAAAAAAAAAAUCAUUUUCAAAUAACAUGUCAUGCACAAUUACAAGGCAAUCCUGUCUUUAUAAAAACAACAAGUGGUCUUGAAAAAAUUAAAUCAUUUCACAUACAUUUUUAUGGGGUUAAAGUUGAAGCAACAAAUCAAAUAAUACGAGUUGAACAAAGUCAGUCAGACCGAUCAAAAAAACCAUUUCAUCCAGUCCCAGUUGAUUUACAAAAUCGUAUUGUCAGUAAAAUAACUGUUGGACGUUUACAUUUCUCUGAAACUACAAGUAAUAAUAUGCGGAAGAAAGGUCGUCCAAAUCCAGAGCAAAGAUAUUUUCAAUUAGUUGUUGGAUUACAUGCUCAUACACAUACUGGUCAGUAUGCUGUUGUAGUUCAAGGAAGUGAACGUAUCAUUGUGAGAGCAUCAAAUCCCGGUCAAUUUGAAAGUGAUGUAGAAUUAUGUUGGCAACGUGGUUUGACACAAGAUUCAAUAUGUCACGCUGGCCGAGUUGGAAUUAAUACAGAUAGGCCAGAUGAAAGUUUAGUUAUACAUGGUAAUUUAAAGGUAUCGGGUCAUAUUGUACAACCAAGUGAUAGUAGAGCAAAACGUGAAAUAAGCGAAUUAGACACAGCUGAACAAUUAAAAAAUUUGCAAAAAAUUCGUGUCGUUAAAUAUCGUUAUGAACCAGAAUUUGCAAAACAUUCUGGUUUAAAAAAGUCACCAGGCUAUAAUUGUUACAAUAACCAUAUUCAGAGCAGUUGCUUUAAUGAUCAUAAUAGUUUUGAAAGUAAUUCUAAUGAUAAUAUGAAAAAUAGUUAUGAUGAUAAUAAUAAAUAUUCCAAAAAUAAUAAUUCCACUGAUUUUAAUGCUGCAUUAAACAAUGAAAGUUUUAUGUCUAAUAAUACUUAUGUUGAGGAUGAUGACGAUGAUAAUUCAGAAAUAAUUGAUACUGGUGUUAUAGCACAAGAAGUACGGGAAGUUUUACCGGAUGCUGUUAAGGAAGCUGGGAGUAUUGUAUUACCUAGCGGUCAAGUUAUAGAAAAUUUUUUACUGGUUAAUAAGGAUCGAAUUUUGAUGGAGAAUAUUGGAGCAGUUAAGGAAUUGUGUAAAGUAACUGGAUCAUUGGAAACUCGAAUAGAACAGUUAGAAAAAAUUAAUUCUAAAAUUUUACAUAUACAACAAAUGGAUCGAAAUCAUAAUUGUUCAAAAAACUCUUAUAAAUAUUUACUAAAUGAUUACUAUAAUAAGAAAACUCACGAUGAGUUAUGUUCAAAUGCAACAAUACAAAUGAUAAUUAUUGUUUUAGUCAUUAUAAUGGCAGUAUGCCUCACAGCAAUUUCAACUCUUUAUUUUGUUGAAAGAGCAAAAAGAAGCUAUUCAGAUCAUACACUACACAAUCAUGAAUUAAUAUCAAAUAAAAACCGUAUUGAAGAUAGAAAUUUCAAAUAUUUUGAUAGUAGCGGUAUAAUUAAUGCUGAUCAGAAUAAUAAUAACAUAAAUAUUACAAAUAUUAAUAACGAUUACAAUAAUAAAAAUGAUCGAGAUUUUAUUCAUCAACAACAAUAUCAUCAGCAAUUAUUACAACAAAAGUUUCAGCAACAACAGCAACCAUAUGAACUAUCAACAAUACGUUUUAAAAAUUUUACAACAAAAUUUCCAAAUAUACAGCAAGAAUAUUAUUCAAUAUCACUAAUUAAUAAUAGUAUGUCAACAACAAUUUCACCGAUUAUAACAAUAACAAAACAAGAUCAUGCGGAACAAAAAUAUUUUAAUUUAAAUAGUAAAAGUAUUAGAAAAAUUUUAAAUAACCACGACAGUCAUAAAAUAAAAUUUGAUACUAAUACUAAUAAUAAUAUAAGCAAAAAUAUUGUUAAUAAUGAGAAUAAUAAUAAUGGUGUUGAGCAUGGAGAUAACCAUACUGAUAAUAACAAUUCAUAUAAUGAUGAUAAUAGUAAAAAUAGUAACAUUAAUUAUAAUUUAAAUGAAAAUAAAGAAAUUAAUAACAAAAAUGAAAAUAAUCAAAAUGAUAAUAAUAGUUAUGAAAAUAUUAAUAGCAGAAGUAAUAAAAUAAAAAAUGAUAAUGGUAAUUAUAAUGAAAACGAUAAAAAAACUGGCAAGGCAAUUAAAAAUGAUAAUGAUAAUAAUUAUAAUAAUAGUAAUAAUAAGAAAGAUAACCAUGAUAGUAACAAUGAUGAAAUAGAAAAUAAUAAUAAUAAUAAUAAAAAUGAUCACCUUGUUGAUGAUAUCAAUGACAAUAUUUCCAAUAUGAAUAGUGGCAAUAGUGGAGGAGAUGGUGAUACUGAUGUUAAAAGUCGUAAUAAUAGUAAUAAAAAUAAUAAUGGUAACAAUAAUACCAACAAUAAUAAUCGUGUUGAUACAAAUAAUAGUAUGUCAUCUAUUGAAGUUACUGUCCCACAAGAUGUUGAAAAUAAUUCAAUUGACAGUGAUCUAAUACAAAAACAAUUACAAAAGCCAUCUUCAAAUGGGAAAUCUAUAAAAACAUAUAACAAGGAAACUAUUAAAUGCGAAAGUAAAAUAGGAACAACAACAGCGAGCAAUAAAACAGAACAGCAAAUUCAUCAUUCGAAUUACAAAAAUGAUAAUAAACAAAUUAACAUUUACAUUAAUAACAAUAAUCAAAAUGAGAAUGAUAAUCAUGGUGAUGGGAACGAUAAUAAUAAUAAUAAUGAUAACAAUAAUAACAAUAGUAGUAGUAGUAGUAGUAGUAUUAGUUACAAUAAUAAUAAUAAUGAUAAUAAUAACAAUGAUAGCAAUAACUAUAAUUAUAACAAUAACACUGUUAGUUAUAAUGGUAACAGUAAUAGAGAUGAUAAUAUUAAUGUUAAAAAUGAUAACGAAGAGGAAGAAAGUUGUAAUGAUCAUGUUAUAGUAUGUAAAAAUAAUAAUAAUAACAAAAAUAAUAGUAAUAAUAAUAAUAAUAAAAGUAGUGAUGAUGAUGAUGAUGUUGAUAAUAAUGAUGAUAAUAAUAAUAAUAAUAAUAAAAAUAAUAAUAAUAAUAAUAUCAAUAACAGCAAUAUUGAUAAUAAUAAUAAUAGCAACAAUAAAUAUAGCAAUAUUAAUGUCAGUUACAAUAUGAAUAAUAAAGACAAUAAUAAAAAUGAGGAUAAAAAUGUUGAAAAUAAUAACAUGAACAAUAAUAAUACAAAUACAAGUAAUAAUAAUAAUAAUAAGAAUAAUAAUAAUAAUGACAAUAAUGAUGAUAGCAAUAACAAUAAGAGGAAUGGUAAUAUUGAUAAUGAAGAAGGGGAUAAUAAUGAUGAUGAUAUUAAAAAUAAAAAAAUUAACGAUGAAAUUGUUAUUAUAGACAAAGGAAAAAAUAGGAACAUUGAUAAUGAAAAUGAUAAUAAUAAUAAUUUUAAUGAUAAUAUAACUAUUGAUAAUAAUAAUGAUAGCAAUGAACAAUAAAAAUAAAUAUUUUAUUUUGGGUAUUUUAUAAUAUAAUAAAUAUAUGUAAUUUAUAUACAUAAUAAAUAUAUGUAUAUAAAUAUAUAUUGAUAUUUUUGUGAAAAAAAAAGAAAAUUUUUAAUAAUUAUGUGAUAAAAUAACGGAAAAGUAAAAUAUAAUUAUGCACAGUUUUUGACACAAAAUUUAAGGAAAAAUGUCAUCGCAAUUUAUUUUACAUACAUUGUUUCACUUUUUUUGUUCAUAUAAUAGCUUCCACGUUUCUUAAAUUUGAAAUGGAUUUGAUAACGAUAAUAUGGUGUGUAAUAUAUAAGAGUUAGAAUAUUUUUGGUGUUGAUGCUUUCAUCAUAUGCUAAUAUGGUUAUUGUUUAAAAUAUAUUGUUUUUUGCUACGUUAUUCCAUACGAAAUCUGCUAAUAUUCACUCUUCAAAUUUAUACCGUAUGUGCCUAUAAAAAAGUUUAAUUUGAUUAUGAAAAUGAAUUAUGAAUUAAUUGACUGCUAUGUCAGCAUUUUGUUUUACCGGCUACUUACUAUAGUAGGAAGCUAGCAUGCUAAGAGGAACAGUUUUUAUUUUAAAAUAGUUAUCAUGUUUAGAUGAACAGUUUAGUGAUUAUGUAUACACGAAUCCAGUUAGAAUAGAAUUUUCAAAGCAUUUUAGAGUUGAAAUAUUUAAUAGCUUAUAAUAUACAUACAUAAAUUAAAUUUAAUAGUAAAAUAAAUCAUGUUUAUUAUAUACAUAUAAUAUUUUAGAGCAAAUUUAAUAUAAUAAAAUAAUUAAAAGAUCAUUAUUAUUAUUAUUAUUAAUGUUAUCAUUAUCAUAUUUAUCGAUUAAACACCAAAUCACGAACUAUAAUUAUUAAGUAUUACUCUCACAUCUUUAUGAACUAAAAUUAUAAUCUUAAAUGUAAUUGCCAGUAUUGGUAUAACAAGCCAGAAUUUGGUAUAACAUUAACAAAAAAAAAAAAUAUUUCACUAUAUGAAUACUUGUUCUCCUAUUAAUAUUUUCCAUUUUUUUAUGUCAACCUAAUUAUAUUUCAUUCAUAUAAUGAAAUUUGAUAUGAAUAAAAAUUUAUGAACUUGUAUUUAUAUAUAUUUAUGAUCAAAACGUAAAUGUAUACAAAAAAUGUAAAGUAGAAAAAACAAGAAAUAAGUGUAUCCAAUAAUGCAAUUUCCAUUUCUCGAACUAGCAAAAAUGUCAGUUUGCAGUAAGUAUUCCUAAGUUCUUGAAACGCAACAUAUUCUCUUUUGUCAAUACUUAACAUGCUGCACCUUAUCAAAAAAACCAACCAAAAAUGUAGUAGUAUACUAAGUUAAAACAGAAUUUUCAAAAGCGUACCCAAAAUAAAUUUUAAACAAAAAAAAAAAGGAAGAGUAGCAGUAGUAGUAACCAACAGUGUACCAUUCCUUUUCAAUACCCCAUAUAGCACCAUAAACCCAUCACCUGCUCUCGUAACAUAUUACAACUCCUAGAAUUACAAAGGGAUUUUGCGUAAACUAUUUUUUCCAUUCUUAAUAUAAGACAAGAGAGCACUCACAGAAUAUAUUGCAUAAUGACUUCCAUUAAACACAUUCUGGAAAUUAAUGUUGGCACACUUCUGACCUAUGCGCAAUACUUCCAAAGCCUCUUGGCUUAUUUUAUCAAAUACUCAAAUCUACAUAUACACAAAUCUAUUGUAAAUAUUAAUUGUGCGAUAACUUUUCUGUUUUAAAAAGAAUAUGAGCAACAGUUAUAAUAUAAGUAUUUUUUCAAUAUUAAGAUAAAAUCCUUAUAUUCAUAUUAUGUAAAAAAAUCAUAAAUUGUUUAAAAAUUUAACAAUAAAUAAAGAGAAAUAAUUAAAUAAUAAUUGAAAUAUUCUUUUAUAUAUAUAUUAGCAAAAGUAAAAAAUUAAUAAAUAAAAGUAAAAUGUGCACAUACAAAAAGACAAAUAACUUUUUCUUCUCUCAUCAAUUUUAAGUAUUAAAAAAUAUCUUUAUGUAUUAUUCGAACAAAACAAAAUAAAAUUUAGUAAUUUUAUUUUAUUAUGUAUAAAAAAAAAAUAAUAAAUUGAAACUUAUAUUUAAUCUAUACAUUAAAUUUUUAUAUAUAAUAUUAUGUAGGUGUAAUCGAUAAUAUAAAAUGCAGGUUGAAGAUUUUGUCAACAACUGAGUUGUAUUGCUAAAGCAUAACUAUCUUAAUUAUCAACCACAGUUGUAUAAGUUAUUUACGAAUUUUGAUAUGCAAAAAGUUUUCUUUGGCAUAAAUUGUUGAUUGACCGUCAGAUGCAAUAUUGUUGUCGACCGGCAUUAUUGACAUUAUCGAUUUUACUCCUUGUAAUUGAUAAAACACACAUAAUAUUGUAAAUUUAAAAUUAAAAAGAAAGUGGUUACUUUUUAAUAUAUAUAAUUUAACAUGUAUUUAAAUAUUAUAAAUCUUUGUUUUUUAAGGGACAUAUAAACUAUUUUGCAAAUAUUUUAUUUUUUGCACAAAUAUUCAAUUAUAUUAAAAUAAAAAUAUAAAUAAUUUUAUUUUACUUUUUUUCAAUUAGUGAAGAUUUUAAAUAAAAUUUUGAAAUUGUGUGAUCACAAUUCUAUUCACAGUGUGCAAAUAAUUUAUUUAAAUAAUGGAAAAUAUCAGUUGGCUAUUUCAAUAUUUGAUUUGGAAAUAUUGAAAGUUUUUCUAAUUAAUUACUAUAGUGCUGUAAUUUAAUUCCGUAUUUAAACUAUUGUAUUAUUGUUUAAGUAAGCAAAAAUUAUAGUGUGUCAUAAUACGAGUAUAUAUAAAAAAAUUGACUUCAAAAAUAAAAUAAAGCCGGCAUUUUUUGUCUUUACAAAAUAUUGCAAUAUCUACAAAUUAAAAACUACAGUCUUUAUUUUACAAUCGAAUAUAUACAUUCCCUGACUUGAAAAUUGCAUCAAAACUGUAUUCAUACACAAUUCUACUUUAUGAUGUGUAAUUACAAAAUUGUGUAUUAAUACUGUGUUACUC